AUGCUCUCCCUUCGUUCUCUCAUCAUUCUGUUCGGUCUUCUAGCGGUUGCCUUAGCAUGUGCCCCUCAUAUGCCAAAGAGAGAGGUUCAACACGGAUACUGCAAAUUCUAUGUGGACGGAAAGAGUGACACUGCCAGUUCCCGUAAGAAGAGAGAUUCUGGAUCAGGAUCUGGAUCUGGUGAAGGAGGCGGCAAGAAGUACAAUCGCUCCAAGAAGAGAAAGGACGUUAAGUGCUACGAAUACGAAGAUGGAACCAAGGAUGAGGGAGCAGUUCUUGACAAAGGAGUCACCUACGAAGUCACCAUCACUAAGAAAUCAUAA